AUGUCGAGAAACUUCUUCCGUCGGAACUUUUGCUGCACCCCCCGACUCCGUGAUGCUCAUAAACAAGAGCAAGGCAACCAUGAAGAAAACGUCCGAGACGAAAAUCAUGCUGGCUCCGACACAGGCGAGAAAGAGAACGUCGAAACUGUCCGUCCAUCCCGGCUGCUUCCUCAGUCUCCCCUCCUUACCAAGGUUAAGACACCCCUAGAGAAAACGAGAAAGAAGCGUCCCAAAAAAGAAGACAUUGAUCGAUUGAGGCGCAACCCUUGGGCCGUAGCUCUCGCAUCCCCGCCAAGAAUGUGCUCUAUCACUGGCUCUCGACUACCGAAAGCGUUGUUAGGUGAAUACGGAUUGGUUCGCCGUCCCGGUUCGGAGAGUCUGUGGUUCAUGCCGGUUGGACUUUUGGAGGAUGAGCUGAAAGCAGCUGCACCUGGAACAGGCGCUGGCGUACAAGAGCAAGGUGCGGGAGACAAGGAUAAUAUGAAGUCGAAGAAGUCGACAGCCGGUCCCCUGCAUCUUCGCGUUAUUCGCAUUCUAUACCGUCUUCUCCUCCUGAAAGAGAUUACAGCGCAAUUCAUCCAAUAUUCUGGAAAGAAGUCUCCGCUCCAGAAGUUGAUACCAUUUCGAUGGAAGAAUCCUAAGGGUCCACUAACACCUCGGGAUAUGAAUAAUCUGGUCUGGCGCGAAGAUAUGCCCAGUUUCGUGAUGAAGAAUAUGAGGAAAGAGGCCGUCAAGGCACUGGAAAAAGCUUCUUGGGCCUCUGACCUGAGUUUGAAUAAGUCCGCCGACAGGUUAGAAAGUGAAAGUCAUCCAUCUCAGGAGUCAGACGAGUCUUCGCGUGAAAUAUUGCCGUCUGAAUCUCCGUCGACUUCAUUCACGUCUGUCUUCCCAGACUAUGUCACGCUCCCACAGCGAGGCACUAAAGUCCCCGUCUUCGACUUGUCCGUCCUGCUUUCGGAGACUGAUCGCGAACAACUCCGAAAAUCUCAUCCGCGGUUCCGCAAUCAAGCGUUGUUUUUCCGUCCUGGUGGCACCGUCCCUGUCGACGCAAUGCUGGCAUUGUGGAGACUCAAGGGCUUUACCAUGUACGAUCGAGAAUUUCUGGAAGAGGACCCCAGUAUAGAUCCGAUUGUCAAGUAA